AUGGCCUUCUUCCUCCGCCACCUAACAGACCCAACCUCCAUCGCAGAAGAAACAUCCCUCAGCAAAGUCAUCCAACACGUCCGGGAAACCGCUGUAUGUCUCGCCGUGCUCGGCCAAGUAGACCACGGCACCGGUCUGCUGACGAUCCUCCAUGCGCAUGGUAUCCCGCCGUUUGACCUCCGAGAAUUCGGGCCCGAGGUGUUGUCGGAGGACUUUGACCGGUGCCGGACCCUCGGCAAGGGAUGCGAUGAGAAUGGAUCAUCUAGCACGUAUGAGGUCCCCGUGAACCCGCCGCGUGCGGACCCUUUUACGAGGAUUGUGUUUGCGUUUGGGUGGGAACAUGUCGGGCGGUGGCCGCGGUGGGCUACGCCUGUUCCGAAACCCUUUUCUUCUUCUUCUUCCUCGACCGAUGGACAGCAGGCUCGUUCAUCUUCAGAUGACGGGCGUGAUGCGGCGCUCGACGCCCUGGAGCAGUACGCCCGCACCCUCGUCUGCAACCGCUUCGCCCCCACCUGGCGCGAAGACGAGAAAACCUACGAACUCGCCCGCGAGCUGGCGCUGGGGCAGGACAACAGGGCGAACCCGCACGGCCCGAUCCCGAUGCGUCUGGCCGGGUUCUGGGGUCUCUGGGAGCGCAUGCUGGCGCCGUGGCAGAUGAACCAGGUCGUCAAGGCUACGGGGCGGGUGUUGGCGCUUGGUCUCUCUGUGAGGUUGUUUCGUGAUGCGGUGGAUGCUGGGGCAGUGGGUAGUGGUGGUGAUAGAAGCAGGGUACAGGAUGGUCAGUAUCGACUCGAGGAAGAGGACGUCGACGAUGAGUUCCUUUCAGAUGAGGCCGAAGAGGAUGAGGAAAGGAUCAAUGACAGCUCUGCAAGCAGCGCCCACGCAAGCGAAGAAGAAGAGACCGCCAUCGAGCUAUGGGGCAGAACAAUAGCGACCCUCCACACCGCACAAGACCAGAUGCCCAUGCUAGGCAGCAUGCGCGAACUCUGGCGUUACGGCUGGUUCACGAAUCCCUCCAAGAACGCCCUCGUCAAGCACCUAGCCAUCAGCCUCGACCACGUCCGCGAAGCCGCAGACGCCGGGUGCGAGAUGCUCCGACGGCGACUGGAGCGCGGCCCGGUGCGGCCGUAUGAGGGUUACACCAUCGCCGAGCUCGCGCGCGCAAUCGAUGAGAACACGCGGUCCUGUGCGCCGUAUGCCCCGGACGAACUGCGCGAGCGGGAGGAUAUGCUCGUCGAGCGGACGGUUGUCGGGCCAGUGGAGCUUGAUAAGGAUAAAAUCUUUCGUCCUGAGACGUUGUUCCGCUACCCGGUCCCCUCACACCAUGCGAUUCAAGACCUUGAGAGGAGGCUGGAGCUGAGUUCUCCGCUGCCGGGUCAGUACAAGGCCUUUUUCCGCGUCACGGACGGGAUGGGGCCGGUGUGGUGGAAUACAUCGCAGCACCUCCGCAUCCUGGCCCCGCUAUCCAAGGUCACUAUCCAGGACGACGAGCUUCCGGUCAGCAUGCAGCUCGAGCUGUUGCCGUCCCGAGGUCUCGCCGACGGUAGCUGUAUCGCAUGGCCUCUCCUUCGGCGGGUAAUCUGCAUCAGCGAGGGCGGGUACGAAGGGGACCUCUGGCUCGUGGAGCCGAAAUACGUAUCCGAGUCCAAGGACGCCUUCUUCCAGGUCUAUGACCAUGCAUCGGCCCAGGAUCGACAGUUGCUCCGUAGGGAAGUGGAAGAAGUCUACGGCAGCAUUGACGACUUCCGUAAGUUGGAGUGGGGUCUGUUGAUGUGGACGUCGUGGUUCACGCAGAUGGUUCCUUACCGCGACCUGAGUGCGUUUAUGGAUGGGUUGGCGAGGGGAAGCCGGCGGACAGUGGAGGAGUGGACGCUGCAGUUUGAUCCGAGCACGAGGAAGCUGGAUGCGCGGUUGUAUCAGACGGCGAGCGCGUUGGAUCCGGACAAGGAAGUGGAGAAUGUGAAGGAUGGGAAAGGGAAUCUUGUGCUUUCUGCGCCGGAAGCGAUGGCGAUGGGGCCGUUGGUAUAUCCGGAGAAUGCAAUGACCACGCCCAUGGUCGAUCAUUGA